AGCAGCUGUAUCAUGACGGAGUGGGGUGAGUGGGAGGGAUGUAGCGCUACAUGCGGAAUGGGUAUGAAGAAGCGACAUAGGAUGAUGAAGAUGACUCCAGCUGAUGGCUCCAUGUGCAAAACAGAAACAUCAGAGGUGGAGAAGUGUAUGAUGCCAGAGUGCCACACAAUCCCAUGUAUGCUCUCUCCUUGGUCUGAUUGGAGCGACUGCAGUGUGACAUGCGGCAAGGGGGCCAGAACGAGGCAGAGGAUGCUGAAGUCACCAGCUGAACUUGGAGAUUGUAAUGAGGAGCUGAAGCAAAUGGAGAAGUGCAUGCUCCCUGAAUGCCCAAUAAACUGUGAAUUGACUGAGUGGUCUCAUUGGUCGGAAUGUAACAAAUCAUGUGGGAAAGGUCAUAUGAUUCGAACAAGAAUGAUCACAAUGGAGCCACAGUUUGGAGGGGUUCUUUGCCCAGAAACUGUACAGCGGCAAAAAUGUAGACUACGAAAAUGCCAGAAGACAGGAGGUACAGAAAAAAGACGUCUUAAAGAAGCCCGAGAGAAAAGGAGGAGUGAAAGAACAAAGGAAGAUGCAGAUGGGGAACAAUAUCCAGUUUGCAAAAUGAAACCAUGGACUUCCUGGACAGAAUGCACCAAAUAUUGCGGAGGGGGGAUUCAGGAGCGGUUUAUGACUGUAAAGAAGAGGUUUAAAAGCUCUCAGUUUACAAGUUGCAAAGACAAGAAAGAAAUACGAGCCUGUAAUGUCCAACCAUGUUAACAAAUAUCUUUGAGGGAUGCACUGUAAUCUGAAUGGGAAUUAAUCUUUAUUAGAUUUUUUAUCACAGAAUAUACAGUGCUUUUAUUUUGCAAUGUACUUUGCUUACUUUUCUUGCCAGUGCAAGAACUUCUUAUAUUUUUUUAAAUAUCCCUUCACAUGUAAUUGAUUCAUCAGAUUAGUUCUGUGCAUACUGUAUACAGAUCAUUAACACUUGGUCAUUAUUGAGAGAAUUUGACUCUGGAUGAGGAAUAAACAGUACCUUCCAAACCAAAUCAAAUUACAGUAAAAUAGGAUGCAUGCAAGAGCAAAUAAGACCACAAUAAGACAAACUGUAACCAGCUUUGUUUAUAAAAUAUACAUUUAUAGGCUGGGCAAGGACUAAGACGCUCAUUAGAUACAUCUGCUGUGUUUGCAUCUAAACAAAUACUACUGUUUUCUCUUUUUCUUCUCUGAUAGACUAAGCAUGUGUGUAACAGGAUCUUUGUAGAAAAUAUUUGCCUUGAUGUAAAAUGUUGAACUUACUGUAAAUUUAGAACAAAACACAUUUUUUAUGAUGCAGUGCAUAUUUGGAUAAAAGGGUGCAGGGCUGGACUGGGAAUAAAAAGCAGCCCCGGAACAAUAUGAAGACUAGCCCUAUUUUCUGUUGCGUCGGUAGAUUGCACAUGCCCCAUUUUUCUCAAUUCUUAUUACUGAAAUACCCCUUCCCCCAAUAUUUUUUUGAGAAUUAAAUAAUAUUACUUUUUAUUAAAUAAAAGUGCCAGAUUGUUGUAUAGGCACCCUACAACCCAUAUUCAUCCAUUAAUCACACCUUUAAAUUGUAGCUUUCCAGCCCCAGCUGCUGCAGCCCACCAGGAAAUCUCCUGGUUUCCUGGUAGGCCAAUCCGGUCUUGCAAGGGUGCUGAGUAAAAAUUCUAAUUUCUUUGGCUCAAAAAUAAAACCUAUGGAAUUGUGUAUUGCAAAAGUGGAACACCCUACUGACUUCAAUCAACUCAAAUUGUCAAUUGAGAUAUAUGGGCCUGAUUAUCAAAAACUCACUGGUGUGGUGAGAAAUCACAUUAAACUUUUUUUAUUAUUACUAUUUCUUUAAAGCAUUAUAUUGUAAUAUUUGUAUCUCAACUUCACAUCCAGAACCCUACUUAGCAAGACAAGUAGCUUUCAAGGUAAAAAUUUGCCUUUCUAAAAUUAUUAGAUAAUCUCACCAAACCAGAGAGUAUUAGAGAAUCAGGCCCAUGAUAACCUGUACUGCCAUUUACAUUCAGAUUAAUAGUUGCUUCCAGAUAAAUUACUUUCUUCAAAUAGUAUUUUUUCAGAUUUUUUUGUGUGUGGAUAUUAUAAGAAAAAUUAUGAGCACAUGUAUAAGAUGAUAAAAAUGUAUUUUUUGCAAGUCAUUUCUUUUUUACUCUUAAAUUCUAUUUUAAAGAGGCAUAAACCCCAUUUUUUUAUCAUGAUUCAGAUAGAGCAUACAAUUUUAAACAACUUUUCAAUUUAUUUUUAUUAUAAUUUUUUUUCAUUUCCUUGUUAUCCUUUGUUAGAAAGCAGGAAGUUAAGUUCAGGAGUGUGCAUGUGUCUGCGGAAGUUUUGGAACAAUGUUAUACAUUAACAUGAGCAGUAGAUGACAGCACUAUUUCCUGUCAUGUAGUGCUUCAAAGAUGUGCAUAUUACAAACCUAGGUAUCUCUUCAACAAAGAAUAACAUGAGAACUAAGCAAAUUUGAUAAUAGAGAAUACAAUUUAUUUAUUUUUUCAAUUUACUUCUAUCUGAAUAAUGAAAGACAAAAUGUUGGGUUUCAUGUCCCUUUACGGAUUGUCUCCUUUCUUCAAAUUAACAAACCUCAAAGCACUUCAUAGUGGAAGAGAAGGGAAGUUACAUCAUUUUAUUGCUAAGAUUUUGAUAUGGGAUAGUUACUUUUAAAUGGAUGCAAUAGUUUGAAAAUAAAUAAUUGGUGUAUUUGUAAGUA